CUCCCGGCGCACUCACAUAGACAUACAGUGUUCUAGCACGCGCGCUGUCAGUAUCCUCCACACGCCACGCUACUCAACAACUUCAGUGUCCUGUAGGGUAACAGAAGCUUGUCGUCCAUCUACGGCUUUUCUUUGAGAAAGUGCUCGGACAUCAGCCUUGUCACCAGCGAGUGUUUGUGGACGGGAGCCCCGGCUUUGGAAGGAUGCGUUCAGUUUUCUUACUCGGUGCCUUCUUCACUGUUGCGAUGUUUCCUCGAGCAAGCAGCAUACAGAAGGUCAUCGGCAUGUACGGCGAGACCCUGAAGGUGCCUUGCAACAACGGCGACAACAAGCCAGCUGAGCUGAUGUUCACCAAAUGGAAACAUUCGAAGGAGAACGGCACAUCGGGAGAUAUCUUGGUGAAACAGGAGAACAAGGAAGAAGCAAAAAUCACAGCCACCGACGGUUAUAAGGACCGCGCUAGCAUCGGGCCUGACUCCAGCCUGCUAAUCAAAAACGCAGUCCUUGAUGACCAGCGAGUCUUCACAUGCAUGGUGGUCUCUAUGAAUAAUCUCAACGAAUACCCAGUCGAAGUGGAAGUGCACAAGAAACCAUCAGCACCUGAAUUCAGGAACAAGGCGAGUCAGCUGGACGACGGCAAACUGACGCCACUGGGAGAAUGUGUAGCUGCCGGUGCAAACCCCCCAGCAGACAUCAUCUGGGUGAAGAAUAACAAGACUCUAGUGGCAGACAACAAGCUGAUCAUUAUCAGUGCCUCUGUAAAGAAGGACCCAGUCACCGGUUUGUCCACCACAACUUCUCAGUUGCAGUACACAGCUGGGAAACAGGACGCCACAUCCAAGUUUGCUUGCGUCGUGAAACAUGUGACCGGUCCUGACCAGAUGUCAAUGCCCGAAACCUUCAGCAUCCACUACCCCACUGAGAAGGUGAACCUGCAGGUUCUGUCGCCGGGCUCCAUUAAGGAAGGCGAUAACGUGACGCUGAAAUGCCAAGCAGACGGAAACCCUCCGCCAACCAGCUUCAACUUCCACAUUAAGGGUAAGAAGGUCCUGGUAUCCGACUCAGACGUCUACACUCUGCCUGGCAUAAACCGAGCUGACUCUGGAGAAUACAAGUGCUCUCUGAUUGACAACGAAAACAUGCAGGAUUCGACGAACAUCACUGUCACCUAUCUGGACCUGAAUGUCAUCCCCUCAGGAAACAUCCUGAAAAAGAUCGGGGAGUCCUUGGAGGUGAAGAUAGACAAGAAUUCCUCGAGUGAAGCCGCAGUGGUCUGGACUAAGGACAACGGCAAGCUGGACAAACUCCCCGACUUCAGCUCUCUAACAUACAGUCACGCCGGUUUCUACGUGUGCGAGGCAUCUGUACCCGGACUCAAACGCAGCGACUCCUUCAAACUGGAGGUGGAAGGCAUCCCAGUGAUUAAGAGUCUGAAAAAAGAGAGGAGCACAGAUGGCAAAGCAAAGGUGCUGAUCUGUGUGGCUGAGGGUUCGCCUGUACCUGAAGUGUCCUGGAGUGUCAAUGGAACCCUCAGCAAGAGCCAAUACAGCAACGGAGUAAUAACUUACAAACUCGUCGUGACACCCAGCGCCAACCUGACCGUCACCUGCCGAGUCUCUAACAGUCUAGGCACGGCCAGCAAGGACAUCGAAGUGCUAUCCUUAAAUGAAGAGAGAAAAGAUUCCAGAAAAGACGAUGACGAUGACAAGGCCAAGGUGAUUGUCGGCGUGGUGGUGGGUCUCAUCGUGGCGGCCGCACUAGUGGGCAUCAUCUACUGGCUGUACAUGAGGAACAGACAAGGCAGCUGGAAGACUGGCGAGAAGGAGACGGGCACCUCAGAGGAGAGCAAGAAGCUGGAGGAGAACAACCACAGACAAGAGCCAUAGAGUGACCAACACAGGACCGAGACACAGAGACGAAGAGAGGCCUUGUCACACUGAAUGUGCUGUACAACACAACAACAUAUCCAUCAUCUGAUCUGAGACUCCUGAUAGGCUGUCAGGCUGCGUAUACGUGCACAUCACUGAAUCGCCUGGAAUAUUUCUAGCCGCCCUAACCCAAGACAAACAGUUCCUCUAAGCAAAACCCCAGCACCAUGCAAGAGUUAAAAAGACCUGUGUUGUUAAAAAAAAAAAAAAAAAAAAAAAUUAGUAUGCACUGAAAACUGUGUCUUUUUCGUUCUGUUUGAUUUGAUUUCCUUGUGUUCCUUGUGAAUGCUCUCCUAAUUUUUUCUCCAUGCGCGUUGCUGGUGUGAUGGGUUCAGCUAUCCUACUUUAUCCCUCUCUUUUUAGUAGAAAAAAAAAAAUUACUGUACACUUUUCAGGCCUUUGUAAAUAUGUCACUGGUGAGCACAUUCUCUUUGGUCAGUGCUGAGAUUGCUGUAUAAUUCAGGUUUAAGUAACGCAGGAUUAAGGUAGCCUGCAGGAUUAUGGAGAGAUGAAAACUUCACUGCUGUUACACUCACGUUCUCUGUUUUAGAUUUAUUGUGCUGUUUUUUCCCCCACUUUGAUCGGGAUCAGUUUAGGUAGUCGCCACCCGAUUCCCAUUGGUUCCAGACGAGAAGUUUAGAACACAUUGGCGGUUAUAAGAAUAUUAGUAGUAAGGUUGCAACUUUGUGGGUUUCAGUUAUAAAUUUGAUAAGGCGUGUCCUUAUGAACCCUUCCAUUGGUCUUACUGUAAGUUACUGAAAAUCCGACAGAAGGCCAUUCAGAGUCCAUCCAGAUUUCUGGUAAAAAUACAUUAAACAGGCUGAUUUUAUGGGAUAGACACUAAGUCCAAAGUCGUAACUCAUAUUUUAGAUCAUCAUCAUCAAUCACCACACGCUUGGCUACCCAGCUCAAGCUGCAGAGUAGCAUAAAAUCCACCCAGACCGACACUCGCACCAUAUUCCUCAGCCUUGCACAAAGCCUUAAUGCCUACUAUUUAUUUUUUUAAAAAUAAAGAAAUGAAGUUUAGUUUCUUUAGAGAAGGUUCUCCUGCCUUGAUUUCGCUCAGCUUAUGUAGGUCGUCUAUAAGGUAGUGCACUUUCGUUCAGACACAUCAGUACUUGAUCAUUCUGUAUGCUGUUUUUAUUUGAUUUUGAUUUUUAUUAGUCUAAAAUAUGACUGAUUUAGAGUCCCACACUGUAGUUUUUAGCCUGUGAUAGCCUAAGGCUUUGUUCCGUUAACUGUGGUCUGAAGAGGUUGUAAAUAUGUCCAGUCUUUGUGUCUUAGCUUAUUUUUGGCUAUUUAUGUUGUGUAUAAGGUCAGCUGCACUUUUGCCUGGGCAUUAGUUAGUUAGAAACACUUCCUCUUCCUCCUCCUAUCCACAUACACUUAUUUAUGUUCAGAAUGUACCACUUUGGAGACAUGUUAAGAUUUAGUUUAGUUUUGUGUCUUCGGAUGUAUUUGGGAAUUUUUUUUGUCUCAUGCACGUGUUUUAUUUCAAACCAUCAGGGCAGCAGUGAAACCAAAGAGGGUAACUGAGAAGAAGGCCAUAAAAGUGUUUGUAAAUACCAACUUUUGGUUUUGUACUUUUGUUGAAAAUAAAGUGUACAUUUUGAA